CAGGCUUGGAAUGGGCUUGCUGAAGCAGGUGGUGCUCUUGAGGCCUUCAAACAGGUGCACAGUGGCGACUGACAUCGUAGCGGCCACGGUAGCCAUGAUGAAUCGGCUGCACACACACACACAAAGAAAUCCGAGCACAAUCACGUAGAAGAGGGGGCGGAUGAAGCAGGAUGGAAUGGAAUGAGAACACGCAAGCAAGGAUGCUUCGGAGGUCUUGUUCUAGGGAAAGACCAAACUGCUUGGAACGAUAGGGAUGUGGAUAUGAGGCCUCUCCUCCAAUCACCGUUACGGUGAACAUCUUGAACCAUCCACAUUCCCCCCUACUUCGAUAAGGCCAGAGCACUUUUUCAGGUGUCAUGCCCUCAGUGACCACAAUCGUUGACCUAAAACAAAUCCCACAUAUUUCCAUUUUCAAAUGCUCUCACUCGCGUCUGAUAGCCUGGCCUGAUUCCGGUCACAAUUGCAAUUACUUCUUUUGUAGGUUUUCUUUGUUGUCGUGUGUUGGAGUUGUACUCCUCUCAGCCGACCCUUCCCUCCGAUGUUGUCAUGGUUGAUUGUCUGGUCCUCCAACCAUACCGGCAACGUCUUUUCCCCUCAUGAUCGCAUACUGUAUUGCGAGCAAAUAUCCCAACGCACUUCCCUCCACAUGAAGCAGUUCACAUAGAGUCGGCUCUCUGCGGAAUGCUUGCGUCGUUUACAGUAUGCACCUGACAAGUUCGUCUGGUUGGAGGGUCGUAGUGCACAGUUGUUGUGUUAAUGAUCAGCACCCUACACUUACUACUCCCUACUUGGAGAAUGUAUGAUGCCAUUCUGCAUCAUUAGGAUGCGCAGUAUUUUACCGUUUUUGACGAAAUGUAUGAGGUCUUCCUGAAGAGUUGAAUGGUAUUAAUACGGUUUAAUUAAUGAAAUUUUUUCACAAUUCUUCAUGUAACUGUACUAAUUACACGUAGCUUGCCUAGGUAGGAUAGUCGAUCAAGAAGAGGGAAAUUCUCAUGGUGCAAGUCGGGAUUUAAAUGGCCGCGAUAGGUGAAAGUGCGAUUCGUCGUCCCAGUCUGACUGCAAAUCAGGGGUUCGCUCAUCGCACACUUCCGAUCUCAAUCAUUUCGCCAUGCAACGUUAGUUCUACGUUUUCGAAGUGGAAUUUUGACGCGGAAUUCUUCCUGACGCAUAAAUUGCAACGAUGGAAUCAACAUUGCCCAUCCGGAAUUAGGUUUUUUUCCUUUGAUCAUGUGACUUCAUAAGCGUGCAUCAUAUUUGGAGUGGGUGCUGUAUGUUUUCUUGUUAGAGAAGACCUUUCAUUCACCAUGCUCGACGAUUUAGGAGCUUGCGUUCACCUCCUAAACGUAGGUAUCAUUAAAAAUUCAGCGGCUUCAUUUAAGCCAUCCAGCACCUCAAAUUCCGUUCUGGAUACGCGUUUACUUGAAGAAGCAUGGUUUCGGUCGAGAAGGAGGAGGGAGAGCAUGCUACUGUCGGAAUACUCGAUGGGCGAGGUUGUGAUGGUGAGGUGUAACAAACACAAAUGGCUCUACGGUGUGAUUCAUAAGAUGUCCGCCCACGGGGUGCGGAUCUGGAUCUCUGAUGCCGAACUUCUCGUGAAUGUUCCGAUCGCGCUGUUACCAACCCACAUCAUUAAGCUGUCUGCGAACUCCGAGCCACAGACUUUUCCACAAUCCCAGGCCAUGUUGACGAUGGCCACAAUUGACAGCGAUGGAUGCCGUAGAGUUCGGCUGCAAUGUGUGCGACCUGCACACCUUUCCCAUCGCCAGCUUUACCGUAUGAAGGAUUGUCUUGUGUGUGUCCUCUGCAAAACGCCUUUAUCGCCGCAAACCAACAUAGUAAACCCAUGGCGCUGCCCUCACAGAGUCCACAGCCAUUGCCUGCAGCUCCACAUGCAGCAUAGCUCGAACCUUGUUUGCCCUUCAAAUUCAUGUAAUACCAGCCACCUUAUGUCCCCACCAACCACCACUUUCUCUUCAAGAGAUUGGGAGCAGCACGAGCAAUGGUUCGACCCUCAGAGAGCGUUUGGAUUGAGAGGUCAAAUGACUGAUGUUUCUAACCCGAAUAUGCUUCUUUCUUGCCCUGAUUGCAACCAACCUACAAAUGCCAAUCAAAUGAUGAUGGGUAUGCCCAUCGAUCAGCAGCUUGCUUACAUGGAGCUACCUCAUGCUUACUCGCAUUCAGAGGGAGAGAUUCUUCAGAGCGGAAAUAUCCAAAAUCAGAUGUCUGGGGGACCUCUGCACUCUUUCAGUGGCUUCACCAGACUAGAAGCAAUAGAGGAGGGUCGAGAAGGACCUCCGUCACUUGAAUCAGUCGACUUAGUCAUGUAUUAUGAUGAACCUGGCUUCUCCCAAUUCAAUAGUGUGAAUAUGCCAAACCAAAACUGGUCUGAUUCAAAAGUUAUUGCCGUCGAUCGAAACACAAAGUCACCUUCCACUUCUCAAAGACUGUGGUCUGAAGCCUCAUUGAACACGUCUGUCCCUUCUCGUGUUUCUCCAAUUCUCAACGAGCAAUUGAAGAACAAUGCUACUGGUGCUCUGGAGGUCGUCAUCAGACCUGCAGCAUCUGUGCACGUAAAUCAUGUAAAUCUCACUGAAUACGAAGAAGAGGAAGUAGCGACACCAAACAUAAACAACACUCUCGUCGCGGCCAUCGACAACAGGGCAUACAGUGAAGAAUUUGGUGCAGGGCAAACUACAGAAUCAGAGUUCUGUAGGAAUAGUGCAUUGUCCUGCGCCAAGGAUGGGGACAAGAACAUAGAAACGAAUUCAUCAAACGAUAUUGCCAAUAGAAUCAGUUCAAAUACUUCGGCAGUGUGUGUCAAUCCCUUUCCUGAGUUCUUAGGAGUAGAUGAAUCAUCGGAGACAUUGAAUAUGGACAAGGUAACUAUUGGAGCCACGAAGGGAGCCAGCACAGGGCAGAGAUCAUGGAGGAGGGCGAAAGAAUUAGUGCUGGCUGGGAGUACUAUUGACUUACAGAUGGAAGCGAGCUCCUCUGUGACUGACAAUGCAGCUUCGCCAGUGUAUGUGAACCACUUCGCUGAUUUCGUCAAACUAGCGAUGGCUGGUGCAUCCACUGCCAAAGAUAUCCUUGCUAGUGCGUCAGCUUCAACUCCUAGGAAUACUUACACAGACGAAUCAUCAUCUCCGAUCAAUGACUCUCCUCAUCUACUUCCUGCUGCCUUCAUCUCACGAAGUGCUGCCUUGGUUAGUCCAGCUUCUGCUUCGAUGUCCCCAGGUCCUACCGCGAUCAAGCGGGCUCCUGGCUUAUUCGCAGGACCUCCUCCUUGGGUGAGCGUGACUUCAACUCUAGGAGAAGGGGCCACCUCUUCGGCUUGGAUCACCGUGAUUAAAGAUGGAAAAGAUACCCGAAAUGCUGAUUCUGCACGAUGGGAACUAAAUAAAGUAGCCAGGGAUAAAGAAGAUGAAUUCGGCUGAGCGACCUUCGUCCCGGGCAUUUAGUUUUCUCCUCCGUCUUUCAAAUGUACAUGUUGGUUGCAUUGAUAAUGAAUAGCUAGGAUUAGUUGAAAAUAGAGUGUUAGACUCCAAGUAGAUUUCAGUUGCGCACGUUGGAAGAUGUACAAGAAUGGUGUCGAAGUAUUGACACACUUGAUUAGAGUGUGCACUUGUCUACUUCACGUGUGCGUAAAGAUUGUUUAAAUAUGUCCAUUGACUUUGAACAAUUAGAUUCUGUCGCGAAUAACCAGCCUGUUCCCAAUGAACAAUCUCAGAAUUUACUAACCAAUGUUGAGGUGAUUUGACCACCUUGUAUA